GGUCAACUCUACAUCAGAAAAUUCGCCUUUGAUGAUGAGCCAAUCAAGAGACAUCUCGCAGAAUGGCGGUGCGCCUGACGGCGACGGUGUCGGACCCCAUCCCUCCUUCAUCAAAGUUGCCAAUCCCUACAUCUUUGAACAGCAGAUCAGAAGCGCCCUGGCUGCUAUCGGUGUAACUGAACAGAAGGAGGACAGUAUUCGUCUCCAGGGUGUACACUACAUCGACAACACCAGAAAGGCUUUGCAGUUGCCUGUCCGAACCUUUAACACCGCAGUUGUCUAUUAUCAUAAAUUCCGCCUGGUCCAUGCCGACACCGAGUACAUGUGGGCCGAUGCUGCUGCCGCCGCGCUGUUCCUUGCUUGCAAGGUCGAAGACACCUUGAAGAAGUCUCGCGAAGUUCUUUGCGCCGCCUGGAACCUCAAACUUCCCUCGUCUGAACAUCUGAGCCCCGAUGACCCCGUCUUCGAACAGCCUUCUAAGACUGUUGUAGGCCUCGAGCGCCUUAUGCUGGAAUCGGCUAGCUUUGAUUUCAGAACAAGACAUCCUCAGGAACUUGUGAUCAAGCUUGUCAAACAGUUGGAAGGUCCCAUGGAAACCCUUGGCAGAAUGUCGUUCAACAUGUCUAUUGAUUUGUACCGCACAUUCGCGCCCUUGAAGCAGACCUCCGCGACCAUGGCCAUUGCUUGCAUUGAGCUGACCGCACGUCUUCUCAACCUUACUACCGAUUCCGACAUGGACAGAGUCGUGGGACCUAAUGGUAUCAACCUUGAAGCGUGGUUCACCACCCGUGGCGCAAUCAUGGAGACUCUCUUGGAUCUCCUUGAUCUCUACACUCAUCACCGUCACGCCACCAUCGUCGGCCCAAAUUUUACUAUUGACAAUUACGUUGCUAUUCGAAUCGUGCUAAACAAGGAGGCCACCGCUUCCAAACUCGCUCGUUACACUCACUGGUACGAACGUCCUGAUGGCGCAUCCAAUGGCGCCACCAACAACGGCUCAAAGCACCAAGCAGUCUCUUCAGUCGUGCUCGGCGCCGAACAAAACUCCAACUCCCCUGCAAUCAGCACUACUCCCAUGGCUGGUGCUCAGAGCAGAGUUGGCGAGCGCGGCAAGGAGGGUACUGUUCGCUUCAUGCUCUCAGCCGAACGUGCUCGCGGCGAGAAGGAAGUCGUCGCCAAGUACUUUGCUCCCGACGAGUACGAGGAGUACGAGGAGGAGGUUGACGUUCCUAUUGACGAGUGAUAGUCACUUGCUUGUCGCUUCAGGUGUUCUCUUUAUCACAUAGCGAGGGAAGUUCGCAUAGCAAAGGCGUUUCAAAAAGGAGUCAGUGGUUUCGGGGCGGUCUCGGGUUCGGUUUCUCGUGCAUUUCGACAGGAGCUAAUAAUUGCGGAUAAGAAGAAGAUACCCCCUCGGAGCGUUACAUGUUGUUAGAAUACUACAAUUCAGAAAAAUGAUUCACAUUCAAAUAUUGAAGCG